CAACAACAGUCGUAAACAACCAUUGUUCUAGAAGCUGCUCUUCCAAACGAUCAAUACUGCUAUGAACACAUGAGUUUGAACACAGCAACAACGUUGCUAUCAGAGUUGUUAUAUAUCGAGUAAACAGUAACUAUGCUUCAAACUAACAAGCAUUAGAAUACCCAUGAGUUCAACAGUAACGUUUGACUUUGAAGUUUAAUAUUUGACUAAAGAAGUUUUUGUGUUAUAAACUUUAAUUAAAAUACAUUAAACAGGAUAUUGUCAUUUUUGAUAAACGAGACUGAUAUUGAAGCAACUGGUCAGGGAUACUUUGCAAUUAUUUUCAGUUUUUUUACUCCUGUUAACUGAAUAUUAGAUAUCAAAUUUUCCUGUUGACGUGCGUGAAAGGAUCUUGAUCAAAUUUCUUGUGGUCUUAGUUAAUCAUCUAUUUUUCUAUUUGAUAACAUUUGAUACUUGUCUGUGGAUAAAAUGGUAACUGGAAGGAUUCCCAGUGCAUGUGAUUCGUUUUCUUGGCAAAAGAGAACAUAUGAAAAGCAUAGAAAACGGGUUAAAUCGGCAACUCCAACAGUAGACAUGACUCCUCCGCAAUCGAGACCUCACGUUCUUUAUGAUGCUAAACGGUUACAAUUACAGCAAGAAAGACAAGCCCAAAUUAUAAGAGACAAUUUUAUAUUAUUGAGAAAUCUUCAAAAUAUAAUGCAUGGAAAAAACAAGAAGAAAAAUUACAGACUCGAUGAGAAACGAUCGGAAUGUAUUAGAAUUUUUUAAUCUAAUUAAUAAACUUAGUAGUUUUUGUAAUUUACUAUAUCAAUGAAUUAUCAAAAAAAAAUUUCUUACAUA